GGAAGGCCUCGUGGGAUCCCGUGGGCAGAAUGUCCAUAGAAUGUCCCCUUUGGACCCCGAAGUCGCCGAGGCUGUUGAGGCGUGGGGAAAAGAUGACGUGGCCUGGAAGGGUGCGUGGCAGCAGCCACAGCAAGGCAUGCAAGGCAAAAGGCUCACAGGUGAUGGAUCUGAAAUGAGCUACGACCAAAGACCUUCCAGCGCACCGGACUCCACUGCUCUCCACCUACAGCGAGCUUCCAGUGAACCACAGCUGCGGCCUAGGAGUGAACAAGGCUCUCGGAGCCGUUCACAGAGGUCACAAAGCAAACCAGGGCCAGUGGGGCCUGCGAGUCAACGUUUCUCAAAGGAUGAGCUCCAGUGUUUCAAACGGAUCCCGGGCCCAUCUUCCAAUUUCGAUGAGAAACUCGCAGUUUAUUGGCAGUCGGCCGGCGAAUUGCGCCAAAACCUUUCAAGAGAGAACUGGCAUAUGCUGCCUGUGCUGAAAGGUAAGUUUUUCCAGCACCCAAAGCUCAAGCAAAGCUUGACAGGGCCAACUGCUGCAGAAAAGGCAAAGGAAGAAGAAAGACUAAAGCGGCUUGAAGCCGCAAAGAAAAAGGCAGAAGAGGUGGAGCCUUUGGCGAGCGAGCCGGAAGUCAGCUAUGUUCUUGACAGAAUCUUCCCGCGGAAUCCAAAGAACAGGGACGAAAGCAAGCCAAUCCCAAAGCCACGUCGUGCUUCGAUGCUGGAAACCUACAGUUAUGUUGGCAGAAGGUCAUCGAUGUCACCUGGUCCACCUGGUCCCAACAGCAAAUUGGUGCCUCGUGAGCAGAGGGAGUCCUCCAGUAGUCCUAGCCACAGAAGCAGUCGGCAAAUCCAGACAAGAUUUGCUCCUAGCCUACCUGGCUUUGGUAUGAGCUCCCGCGGCGUCAUGGAAGAUUUUCGCACCAAACUGCUGGAAAAGUUCACCACGAUCAAAGAGGCCUUCGAGACCUUCAUGAAGGACUUGCCAGAGCGGCAGAUCACAAAGCUUGAGCUCGCUCGUGCUUUGGCACGUCAUGGCUUUGAGUGGCAAUCCAAACAGGUUCGAGAUAGCAUCUUCGACCGGUUGGACUUCAAGUCAGUUGGUCGUGUGACUUUGGUCGGUUUCUACGUGAUUGUGGAAGCCAGUGCCCCUGUCCGUUCGGUGGAGGAUUUGCGAAGACGAUGGUUAGCCUGCCGCUACACCAUGUUGCAAGCCAUCAUGAUUAUGGCAGACAAUUCCCAUGUGGCUCUGACGCAUCGGCUCACCUUGCAGGAGUUUGGGAGCAGACUGCAGUUGGUGAACGUGAACGACCCCGAAGAACACCUGGCGGUUUUCAAGGCUGUAUGCCAUGAAACGGAUAAAGAUAUAAAAGCACAAGGAGGGCAAGGAGUUCGAGUUAUGUUGGGGGACCUGGCUGCUGCCUUGGCGGUUGUGUCUCCAUGUCUUUUGCUUGAAGAUCUGCGCGACAGGUUGCAGAGAAGGUACAAUGGUGACUUCAAAAAGGCUUUCUCUGAUCUGGACAUGGAUCGAAGUGGCAAAGUCAGCCAUGCAGAAUUUGUCGUGAAGAUCAUGGAUCGUUUGCAUUUAACAGAGCACGAGGCUCGGAAGAUGUUCCGAGAGAUUGACGUGGACGGAUCCCAUGAGAUCUCUCGCAAUGAAUUUGUCUCUGCAAUUGGCUUAUCAGAGCCAUCCCUCUUUUUGGAAGACCUUCGCAAGAAGGUGAGGCAACGUUUUCGCAGUUUUAAGGCGCAGUUUGCGGAUUCUUUCCAGGACAGCGCUCUGAACGAUUGUGCUGCAGCCCCGAAACUGUUCCUGAAGAAAUUUCAAGAGCUUUUGCUGCCCUUGUCCAUGAGUGAGAAAGAGACAAAGGUUCUCUUCAAUUUGAUUGACAUUGACCAUGAUGGACGCUUGACCAUCAAAGAAUUUGUCCAAGGUGUCCGUCAUUUCGCACCUGCAUCAGUGCUUGAAGAUUUGCGUGUUCGUUGCUGGCAGCAGCACGAGCGCCUCAGCGAUCCAUUUAUGGACCUUGACCACCACAGGCUUUUGGACAGCACGUCUUUUGCAGAGCAAAUGGUGGAAAUUGGGCUCUGUGACAAGAGUCGUAGUUCGGAUCCUCGCCUGGCUGAACUUCAGCCGGGAGUCCCAGCUCAAGCCCUGUUUGACAUCCUGGACGUGGCCAACAACGGAGAGGCGACCUUUGGUCGUUUGCUUGCAGCGCUGCAGUCAUGCGGUGCCGGAACCACUCAACGACUUUCGCCCAUAGAGCUGGACAUGAGGGCCAAGAAUGACGUGAAGAAUGACUUAGCCCCAAUGCAUAAGUUGGUGUCUGAUGUCAAGUUACAAGCAAGGCAAGGAAUGAAGUACAAUGAGGAAGUGGCAGAUGAGAAUGAGUUCAGAACGGGCCAUCGGAUUUUCGAUGCUCUGUUGGACAAUGUUGAUGCUGACUUCGAUCACCCUACUGUUGCAGAUGCAGAGACCGAAGCCCCAAAUUCAUUCAAGGGCCCACCGCGAUUGAAGCUGAUGAUCUACGAGGAUGUCUUACGCAAAUACCAAAAUCAAGCGCAAAGCUUACGGGCUGCCAAGGCCACUGCCCCCCAGAUGGCCCAGAUGAAGCGGCCAAUUCUGAAUGCUGCCCAUGGAGCCUCCGACUCAUGGACGCGUUUCUGGGCAUGUGUCCAAAAAAGCCCUCAAAAGAAAGAACAUGAAAAGUUGGAACUUCACUUGCAACAGUAUUUCGAGUCAGCUGCAAUGAAAUUGUCUCAUGAUGCGCCGCUUUAUCACGGGACGGAGCAGAGAAUGUGCCCUGACCCAUUUCUUGACAAGUCUCACCUGGAACACCCUGUUGCCAGGGAUCCUAAACCAGCUUUCUGUACCUAAGCGGCGAACCGCGAAGCGGUUCAUGGUAGCAAAAUGUAGCAAACCAUCAAACCAUAACCGAAACGCAUUCUGAAAGGACAAGACGUCAACCAUUUCCCACGCCCC